AUGGUCGAAGAGAACGCGGCGUUCUUUGCUGGCAUGACUGGCAUGCACCGUUACGAUGGAGUAGACGACAACCGGGAUAAUUCAAUGGACUGGGCCGACAACUACACCAGUACCUUUGCUAACCUCCCUUCAUUGUCGUAUGCGAGUAGUCUUUUUGACGUGCAGGACCACAACUAUGCAGCAAGCCUCUACAGCCCUGGUCUCCAGUGGACGCCUACCAACGACUUUGAUGUUGGCAACUACACUGAGCACCCCUUCACUGGCACGCAGGUGUUGGGGUUCUUCGCAGAGUGUUUAUUGCGAAAAUUCAGCCGCCCCGGCGCUGAAACGUACGAGCAUGGUGUCGACAUACUCCCCAAGCCCACUUUCAACGCCAGACUGUGGUUCUGGUUGAAUCAUGAGCCCCAGCACGUCGUCGUCAAUGCUUGCACCUUGUUCAAAUAA